AUGGCAUUCCAAGGACUCACCAAUUUCGACAUCAAAAGCAGCUACAAACUAAACUCUGGCCACAGCAUCCCCAUCCUCGGCUAUGGCGUGUACCAAACGCCCGCCGAAGUGUGCGAGGAAGUGACGCUGCACGCGCUCAAAGCCGGAUAUCGCCACAUCGACUCGGCGCGCGCAUACCGCAAUGAAGAGCCAUGCUCAAGCGCCAUGACCAAGUCCGGGCUCCAGCGCUCUGACAUCUUCUUCACGAGCAAAGUACCGCCGAAAGCGAUGGGGUACGAAAACGCCAAGCAGGCGAUCGAGGCCUCGUUCGCCGAGACGGGCCUGGGCUACAUCGACCUGUAUCUGAUCCACUCGCCGUACGGCGGCAAGGAAGGGCGGCUGGGCGCGUGGAAGGCGCUGGUCGAGGCGCAGAAGGCCGGGCGCAUCCGCUCCAUCGGCGUCUCCAACUACGGCGUGCACCAUCUCGACGAGCUCGAGGCCUACAUCAAGGAGUCGGGCGACGGCAGCAGCAUCGACGUCGGCCAGUGGGAGAUCCACCCGUGGCUGCCCCGCGACGACAUCGUGCAGUGGUCCCAGAAGCGCAACGUCGCCGUCGAGGCGUAUUGCCCCGUCGUGCGUGGCCAGCGGGCCGACGAGGAGGUUCUGCAGACUUUGGGCAAGAAGCAUGGCAAGACGUGGGCCCAGAUUCUGCUACGCUGGAGUCUGCAGAAGGGCUAUGUACCGUUGCCGAAGAGCGUGACAGCGACGAGGAUCGAUCAGAACGCCGAUAUUUAUGACUUCGAGCUGGAUGCGGAGGAUAUGAAGAGUCUGGAGUUUCCGGAUUCGUAUGCGCCUUGUGCGUGGGAUCCGACUGUUAGUCAUGACUAG